UCGAAAGGAAGUGAGGCUAAAAGUGAAUAAUUGAUUGAAGUUGCGACAAUUAUUAUAAGAUAUAAGUGAAAAUAAUAUCGUUUUUAAAUCGUUUAACUGUCAAUAUUCGUUUCCUCAGCACAUAAUUAGUGAACAAAAACAAAACAAAAUGUCUCAAAUUAAAUCAAACAAAAAGUUCAAAUGGGCUUUGGACUUCAACCAAAAAAAUCGUACACAAGCAACCGAGUUGCCGUCGCCGCCAGGUUAUAGUCAGUCUGCCAAUGCAAGCUAUACAGAGGCAUCAAGAGACACCGAUUCUAAUUUACUUUUGAUCAAAAAAUUGUGGGAUGUGGCUCUAGGACCCCUGAAGCAAGUGCCAAUGAAUUUGUUCAUUAUGUACAUGGCUGGAAACUCCAUAUCCAUCUUUCCUAUAAUGAUGGUAGGCAUGCUUAUUGUUCGGCCAGUUAAGGCUUUAUUUGCCACCCAGAGCACAUUCAAGAUGGUUGAAGGCACUCAAGCUACUGGACAAAAGUUUGUGUACUUUAUUGGAAACAUUGUGAACAUAUUACUGGCUCUGUACAAAUGCCAAAGUAUGGGAUUAUUGCCUACACAUUCAAGUGAUUGGUUAGCAUUUGAGGAACCUCAAACUAGAGUUGAACACAUUGGAGGAGGCUUAUCACUUAUAUGAGCAGAAAAACC